UAUUCAUUCACGCACGGAGCCGUUACGAUCUUAUCUCGUCGUCAUCCCAAAUUUCCCAAGUCGUUUCCUCCUCGCGAGGAUCCCAGCUAGGGUUUACGACCUGCCGCUCCCAAUGCUCGUCUGGCGGCGGGGCGUGGUGGUCGAGCCCGUCAGGGAGAGGCACCAGGCGCUUGUCCUCCGCUUCCGCCGCCGCGGGUCAGCAGUACCUCCCCAUCCCUCUGAUCCAUGGCUGCAGCCAUGGGUGGAACGCUAGGAUGACCGCGGAGGAGAUCGACGCCUGCGAGUCAAUAUGGAACGAUUCUGCAAGGAAACAUACAUGAUUGUUAGCAACUUCACAAAUCACAAGUGUAUAGGCGACGGAGGACAUGGUUGGUUAAGACUUAAGACCUCUUGUUAUCAAACGGGGGUUUGUUUUCUGAGUUCUAAUCACGGGGGAUUUAAGUUUGGGAACCAGGAUUUUGUAUCCCUUAUCUCAGUGCAGACCUCAGAGUGCUGAUACUUGAAAGUUGAAAUAGGUAAACAGUUUUCUUCUUUUCGUCUAUAGCCAUUUUGAAACUAAUCCUUGCAACUUCCCUUGUCAACAAGUUCUAGUCCAGUACUUCUCAACACAACGUGUAUUUUAGUGUAUAUACUACUCACGACUUUGGAUCCAACUCUCUCUUAUGAUGCAUGUGCAGUGGUUGAAAUCAAUAGCCCAUAUUAUACACCAGAUUAGGAAGGGAAUCCACAACUAAGCCAUAUACGGAUUAAAUCCAAAUAGUUGUGUCUAGAUUUGGGCAGGACUCGAGUAGGCAACAUAUGACAGAUGAUCCAUAGUUGGCUUUUUAAUAUGUGCAAAGUCCAUGCCACUCAGUGCUGCUGGACAAAAAUAAUCGUAUGCAGGGUUUGAACCAACAAUCAAUAGUAUCACACAUAUGCAUGUACAUGAUAACCAAUUUGACUAGUUGGGUUUCAUGUUUCUUGUGAAAGGAGGAACUGUAGUAAUGAUGGCAGCUAGUUAUUCUGCACAAACACUACAAGUCCACAACAUGCUAUAGAAAUUCUAGAUCGUUGAUCAUGUUAUGCUAACUUCAUUCCAUUGUGAUCAUAAUAUAGAACAUUUGACGAGCCUGCCCAUUUACUAUGUGCAUAUAACUACUAUAACAUUUGAUCCAGUGUGAGUGUUUCGGUGUAGCACGCUAUUCAUAUCAUGUACUCAUUUUGAUAUUGUAGUAAUCUGGUUUAAUCUUCAUGAUUUAUGUCUGUCUGCAAUAUCCGCUAUUUGUGGAUGUUUAAUUUGAACUCAUCUUGUCUCCACCCCAUGUUUGCAUCCAAGAUAAUAUGAUAAUAUAUACAGGGGCGGAGCUAGAGAAGUGCAUACCAGAGUGCCAAGCUCUAGAAAACCUUGUCUUAACUUGUUCCAUUUUUCGUUGGUCUUGGCUUGGGAUUUUAUCAUCAAUAUCUGAAGCACACUUUUCUUAUUUGUUGGUCUAUAUGCAUUUCUAAUUGUUUUUCUCUUCUUCAUUUAUGUUGUGUGUGUCAAAAAUUUCAUAUCAGGUACAUGAUGGUUUGGUUGACCGUGGUCCGUCCUGUUGGAUAGUUGGCCUUGGCCACAUUCUCCCUAUUCACAUGUUGUCAGAGAUCUUAAUAGUUACUUAAGGGCCGGCGCAUCAUAAGUGGAGUGGCAAUAUAAACUUGAGACAAUGAAAUACUUCGAGAAAGAGCAUGGUAGUGGACCACAAUCUUCUGAGGGCUCGAAGUCGGGUCUUGGUGAGACAAGCCCUGACUUCAGUGGUGCCAGUUUCUCGUUGGAUGACGACAAGAUCAACGCCUACGACAGCAUCCUGAACCUCCAAGCGCCUGACUUCACCACUGUCAUGGCAAUUGUGCACGGCGAAGGGUACUGGACCGAGGUUGCGUGCUACUUCCAGGACUCUGACUUCGUGACUCUCCUCAACUUUAUGAACAGCCUCGGGCUGGAGGCCGUCGAGGACGAGGACUUUCUUUACUUCGCCAAUGCCGUGAGCUUCGCAAACAGCUUCGGGAAGGAGUCCAACGAAGAAGACGACAUGGUCAGGGUGUUGCUGAAUGUGGAUGAUGUUUCUGAAGAGUUGUGAGCAGGCAGGGGGGAGAUAGAGCGUAGGGCAUGCUCUGCCAUCAUCUGGAAGACUUGAGUAUGCUUGAAUAUGAAGUUGUGUGGCACUGGGUUAUUUUUUCUGGUAUACCAAAACUAUGAAUUUUAUUCAGAUUGGUUGAUGUGUUGUAUGGCUGAUGUCUCCGUGCCGUGGGGCAGAGAGGUGAUGUAUGUUUGUUUCUUUUUUUGAUGGAUGGCAGUAUUUUAUUUGCAGUACUUGUUUAUGUUUGAUUUUCUGAA